AUGAAGAUAGUUUUAUUAAUAUUUAUGAUAUCAUUGUAUUUUUCAAUAGUUUGUUCAAAUGAUGAAGAAUAUUACUUUGAAGAUCAGAUGGAAUCAGUUGAAAAGUGCGUACGUUGCCUAAAUAGAUGCCGAAGAGAAAAUCAAGGUGAUGAUUAUGGAUGUCUCACUGUUUGUAGAACAACAACUUAUUGCAAGAUUUUCGCAACAAUACCAAUAGAUCAGUUCCAAAUUAAAUGUUGGUAUUUCGUAUUUACCAUCAACACCCAAAGCUAUAACAAUUAUUAUGGUAAAUCAAACAAUCAUAGUAAAUACAAAGUUCUAGCUAGUUACUCUAAAUCCAUCUCACAUACAAUCAAUCAUCAUCUCCAACAACAUCAUCAACAAUCCAACACCAUCAAAGUAGGACCUCCAUUGAAUGGUAUUGUAGUAACAUAA